GUGGACAAAUCGCCUAGUGAUGUUACGAUCAGUGCGGGCAACCGAAGGGAUCCUGAGAAGCUAUUGUCGCCAUCUCAGCUGAAGGGUUAUGGUGAUUUGAAGAGUUUGGAAGCUGGGGAUGCGGUGGGGAAGCGGUCUCUGGAGCAAUCCUUUUCGUUCUCGGAGGGGAUGUUAGCAAGUUUUGGGAGUGGUGGAAUUUCAGCACAAAGGCAGCCUGUUUUGUCUAGAGUUCUUUCUGAAAAGUCCAUUUCGGCAAAGUCAAAGGCCACCGCUGGAGCAAAAUCUGGAGCGCACAAGGUUUCGGAAGUAAGUUCAUUUAUAGGAAGAGCCGGGUCUGCUGGUUUUGGGAUGGCAGUGGAGGUUUUAGACACACUAGGCAGUAGCAUGACUAGUUUGAAUAUCGGCAGCGGGUUUUCAUCGGUCGUGGCAACAAAAGGAAAUAAAAUAUCCAUCCUAGCUUUUGAGGUUGCUAACACAAUCGUAAAAGGUGCCAAUCUUAUGCAUUCACUUUCAGAAGAAAACAUAAAGCAUUUGAAGGAAGUGGUGCUUCCUUCGGAAGCUGUUCAGCGAAUAGUGUCUACAGACUGGAAUGAGUUGCUAAGAAUUGCUGCUGCUGAUAAAAGGGAGGAGUUGAAAGUAUUUUCUAGGGAGGUUGUUCGAUUUGGCAACCGCUGUAAAGAUCCCCAAUGGCACAACUUGGAUCGCUACUUCGCUAAAUUAGGUUCGGAAAUCACACCACGGCAGCAACUGAAGGAGCAAGCAGCAGGUGUCAUGCAGCAGCUAUUGACAUUAGUCCAAUAUACUGCUGAGCUUUAUCAUGAGUUGCAUGCUUUUGAUAGAUUUGACCAAGAUUAUCGAAGAAAACUCCAUGAAGAAGAAAAUUCAGGAGAAGGUUUUCAAAUUCUAAGGCAUGAGCUCAAAAGCCAAGGGAAGCAUGUAAAAAGCUUAAAGAAGAAAUCAUUGUGGUGGAGAAACUUGGAAGAGGUCAUGGAAAAGCUAGUAGACAUUGUGCACUUUAUGCAUUUUGAGAUUCAUGAAGCCUUUGGAAAUGCUGAAGGAGAUGACCCUUCGGUGCAUUCCUUCAAAAGUCAACAAAGGUUGGGCCCAGCUGGCCUUGCAUUGCAUUAUGCAAAUAUUAUCAAUCAAAUUGACACACUAGUGUCGCGAUCAGGAUCUGUGCCCCCAAACACCCGGGAUUCACUAUACCAAAACUUGCCACCUUCAAUAAAAUCCGCUUUGCGCUCGAAACUGCUGGUGUUUGAGCUCGAUGAACAGCUGACCAUUCCUCAAAUCAAGGCUGAAAUGGAGAAAACAUUGCAAUGGCUUGUCCCAAUUGCUAAUAACACCACAAAAGCGCACCAUGGUUUUGGUUGGGUUGGAGAAUGGGCAAGCACAGGUGCGGAUGUAACUCAUAAGCCAGCAGGCCACACCACCAUGCUCAGAGUUGAGACAUUCUACCAUGCAGACAAAGACAGCACCGAUGCCUACAUACUCGACUUGAUCGUGCGCCUCCACCAUUUCAUUAACCUUUCAAGACGAGGAAAGAACAAGUUCUGUUCUCGUUCGCCGAUCAAAACUUCGAUUCUCACUUCUCAGAAUUCCGCUUCUCCUCCCCUUUCAACCAAAUCAAAUUCCGCCAAUUCGUCCGCACCGACCCCAUCGCUCAUCACGCAAGAAGAGCAAGAGAUCCUGAGACAAGUAGAGGUGCCUAGAAGAUCUCCCAGAAUAAGUAAAAGCCAAGAUUUUGAUCUUGGUAGGCCAAAGAGGCACAAGUUCAGCAGACUCUCCAGAAGCAGCUGCAACACACCAGUAAGGAUGAGCAAGAAUGAAUCCAGAAAGAUGUCAUUGCCUGUUAUUGAUUUUGAUAUAAAUCGUAUUAAAGCAUUGGAUGUUAUUGAUAGGGUGGAUAGCCUAAGGAAAUUAUGAAAAGAGUUGUUAGAAAUCUCCUUUUUGUUUUAUGUAGCUGUAGAGGUGCUGGUUAUGGUUCAUUUGUAUGAUAAUUAGGAUUAUAGUUUCUUACAUGUUGAAAUUGCUGUCAGGAAUGAGUUGUGAAAUAGCGUUUUCUGGUGGUAGAAUUUCUGUUAGUUUGGCUCUUGAAACAUAA